UCAAUACGCAUUCAGUUAAAGGCGAAUAAUCUUUAGAAAGCUUCUUUAUAUGUACAUGGUAGUUUUAAGAAGUUCUCAUAACGUGGCUCCAUGUUAGCGACUCCCACGGGCCAACAAUGUGGCUAAAGCUAGCGUUAGCUGCGAGGAAACUUAUCGGGCGAGAGAGGCUUAACAUGGAUUUAGCCUGCUAGCUAACUAGCCAAGUGGAGUUAGCUAUUUCUAAGUCUUGUGAAAUAACGUUGAUAUGUCUGAUUGUUAGCUAACGAAUAGACAUGACGCUCUUUAAACCACGAAUAUGAGUUCAUGUUGAAAGGCGUAAAGUUAAUAUAUAUAUCAUGUAUUGACGAUCGCUUAUGCUAAGCUAGCCAUGUAGUGAGCGGCUAACAUGGAAACUGUGUCACACGAAUGUUGUUUUAUUUAAGUUAGUGGACAAUGUACACACGAGACCUCGGAGGCCACUCUUACCGCCCACUCCCACCUCACAUUAACAUCUUUAAAUGAAAUAACUUUAAUCUGAAACAUGGAUGCUCUGCAACGACGACCAGCAGCGUCAGUGUACAAGGUCGAGAUUUUACUGCAACACUGGGAACAGAAGGGACUUUUGUUGUUUAAUAGAUUGUUAAAAUGUGUACGGUAACGUUAACUAUUACAUGUGUCGUUCAUUAAGAGUAUUUUUCCACGGAGCCGGACUUAAACUAUGUAACGUUAUACUAUGAUGUCAGUUUGCUGAACUAAAUUGGUGAUUUCCUGUAGUUUACGAGACCAAGUUGUUGUUGGGCAACAUUUCGGCCAUGUUGUCAGUCAGUGGUCGGGUAGAGAGUUUGUUAUGUCUCCAAAACUGGAAGGUUUGUAACAUUUAGCUGACAUGAGCUAACAUGAGCUAACAUUAGCUAUCGUCACGGUAGUUUGGCAGACGAUCGCAGGCUCAUGACGUCAGGAACGUGGCUCUGAGAAUAAGUUGGACGUCGUUAGGAGCUUGUCAGCUUCAAGAAAUGGAAAAACGGCUAGAAGAGAAGCUAAGGAUCAGCCAGAAAGAAAAGGAGUCCAGUAAUAAUGCUCCACGAUCUCCUUUGAAGACAACCAUGGUGAUACAGGACGACUCUCAACCAGCAGCACCCCAACCUCAGAUACGCAUUUUGAAGCGGCCUACAAGUAACGGGUCACUGGGAUCACCCUUGAGUCAGAACAGGCCUACACCACAGGUCAAGUCUCUGGCCCAGCGUGAGGCAGAGUACGCCGAGGCCAGGAAGAGAAUACUGGGUAGCGCCUGCCCAGAGGAGACGCCCCAGGAAAAGCCCAACACUGACAGGCCAGGGCGCAAUAACUCUACGUUGCCUUCAGAGGACACCCGAUCAAACAAUCACAGUGUCGGGCAGCCAGACGGCACCCAGGGGUUCCGACAGCACAGAUAAGUGGGCCCCGGGGCCACCCAGCAACUGGGUGGGGAGAGAGAGAGAUAAAGGGCCACCUGAGAGCAAAGACAGCAGUGUAUUCUUAAAACUUCCUUCCUUCAGUUCCAUUAUAUCGGAUGUGCCGCUCGUACAGCUGCACCGCUGCGUCCCCACUAGCAGUCGUUCAAAACUAACCAGGAGCGAGGAACUCCGGAAGGAAGUCAAAUGGAAAUGUGCUCUCUUCUCUCCCCACUGCAGUCUGUUUGACACUGUGAUUAUGGACAUCUUCUGGACUCACUGUGAUGAUCCCUUUAAGAAACGCCCCUCACCUCCAUCUCUCUCCUCCCUCAGUCCCCAGCAGCUCCGUCUCAGGGCGCCUGCACGGCGGAAGCAAAGACUUACACAAAGGAUGGCAGAGAGAGAGGAGGAGAAAUGACGGGCCAUAGCAAAAUGAGAUGAGCUGGUUCUUGGGCAGCAGCUUCUCCCCAGCAAUAAUACCAGACAUCACUUCUCACACAUUUACAUACGUUUACGUUUUUAAUUUUUCAGAUGUUGGCUGACAAAAUGUUUAUCUUUUAUUUUUCUUGCUCGUCUUUAAUGGUCUAUACUAGGGAUGCUCUGAUAUCAAGUACAGAUAAAAGUACUUUAAAUUACACAUGCACCACCACGAAACCAGUUCAAAGUAUUAAGUAUUGAGAGAUAUUUUUAAACAAACAUAAUAUUGGCAGUUUUUAUGAAGUGGGGGAAACAUUGAAAAUUUCCCACCUUUCUUUGGUGAUAAAAUGGUCUAAAGAAGCUACGGUUUAAACACAGACACUCAAGGCUGCAGCUUGUGGUGUCAGAUCUCCCAGUAAACUCUAAUGCUGAGUACUUGACUGGUACCUGCCAGAUAACUGAGCUGUUAGCAAUAUCACUGCACCCCUAAUAUGUAAAUUGCCAUUUGUUUUUAAAAACGGAGGGUAAGGGUUGUGUGUGUCAAGUUGUGUAUCUGACAACUUCUGUUUUUGCUAUGUUUUUUUGAUUUGAGCUUUUCAGCUGUCUUCCUUGUCACAUCAUUAUUUCUAUUUAAAAGUAAAAGCAAAAAAAGAGAGUGAAAAGGAGAUUGUGGAUUGAAGUCCAUUUUUAAGUAGCUUUUCUGCCUUUUUGUAUGAGACGGCAGAGCAGUAUUUUAAUCGAAAUGAACCAAAAUCCCAUUUUAGAAUCAACCUGUACAUAUAUCAGUUAAUUCAGAUGUCAUUAUGUGAAGGUGGUAUUAGCAGCAACUCAAAGGGUGAGGGUCAGAUGGGAAAUGAAUUUACUGCUGUACUUCACACGCCUCUCUUAUCUCCACCUCGUCAACGGUGUGCUCGUUUCUUCAUGUCCUUCACUGGCGUACAGUGCGUAGGAACUCAGGUGCAGGUGAACGAGACUGAAUGAAUGAAAUGAACUAAGAUUGUAUUUUUCCAGCAGUUGCUCGAACAGCAAAUGUCCGUAUUAAAGCUUGGGUUGGCACUUUGUUAGAAAUAGUGCUACACAGAUUGUGCUGUAAAAUGUCACAGGAAUGGUGUCCCAAGAUGGAUGAAUGAAUGCCAGUUUUCUUUCUUUCUUUUGGACUGUUUGCAUCUGGGUCACAAACGAAAUGGUAACAUCACCCCCGUGUGAUUGUGCAGUAAUUGAUGGUCCACUGCUGAAAUGGAACGUGGAGACGCGGCUGUAUGUGAACCAGAGGUAGUAAUUACCUGGCUCACCAGGACCAUUGUGCCCAGUAGAUGUUAUUGGUUUUUCACCUUUUAUUUGUUCAAACAGAGAAGAGUUCUCAAUAAAGCCAUAUUCAGUGGUGCACAUCAUCAAUAGAGAAA